AUGGUGGUAUUUCCAAUAUGGACAUUGAAGAGACAAAUUUUCAUCUUUUUAAAUAUGACCUUAGUUUCUAGAGUCCUUGGGUCUCGAUGGUUUCCUAAAACUCUACCUUGUGAUGUCAAGCUAGAUCUUGAAAAGACCCAUGUGAUCGUGGACUGCACAGACAAGCAUUUGACAGAAAUCCCUGAGGGCAUUCCCACUAAUACCACCAACCUCACCCUUACCAUCAACCACAUACCAAGCAUCUCUCCAGACUCCUUUCGUAGGCUGAAUCACCUGGAAGAGAUAGAUUUUAGAUGCAACUGUGUACCAGUUCUACUGGGGUCCAAAGCCAAUGUGUGUACUAAAAGGCUGCAGAUUGGACCUGGAAGCUUUAGUGGACUCUCUGACUUGAAAGCCCUUUAUCUGGAUGGAAACCAACUUCUAGAGAUACCUCAGGAUCUCCCAUCCAGCUUACAGCUUCUGAGCCUGGAGGCCAACAAUAUCUUCUCCAUCACAAAAGAGAAUCUAACAGAACUGGCCAACAUUGAAGCACUCUACCUGGGUCAAAAUUGUUAUUAUCGAAAUCCUUGCAAUGUUUCCUAUUCAAUUGAAAAAGAUGCUUUCCUUGUUAUGAGAAAUUUAAAGGUUCUCUCACUGAAGGAUAACAAUGUCACAGCUGUCCCCACCAUUUUGCCAUCUAAUUUAAUAGAACUGUAUCUUUAUAACAACAUCAUUACGAAAAUCCAAGAAGACGAUUUUAAUAACCUCAACCAAUUGCAAAUUCUCGACCUAAGUGGAAAUUGCCCUCGCUGUUAUAAUGUCCCAUAUGUGUGCACACCGUGUGAAAAUAAUUCCCCCUUACAGAUCCACGACAAUGCUUUCAAUUCAUUGACAGAAUUAAAAGUUUUACGUCUACACAGUAACUCUCUUCAGCAUGUGCCCCACACAUGGUUUAAAAACAUGAGAAGUCUCCAAGAACUAGACCUCUCCCAAAACUACUUGGCCAGAGAAAUUGAGGAGGCCAAAUUUUUGAAUUUUCUCCCUAAUCUUGUCCAGUUGGAUCUGUCCUUCAAUUAUGAGCUGCAGGUCUACCAUGCAUCUAUAACUUUACCACAUUCACUCUCUUCACUGAGAAACUUGAAAAUUCUGCAUAUCAAAGGAUAUGUUUUUAAAGAGCUGAACAACUCUAGCCUUUCUGCAUUGCACAAGCUUCCCAGUCUUGAAGUUCUUGACCUUGGCACUAACUUCAUAAAAAUUGUUGACCUCAACAUUUUCAAACAGCUUGAAAACCUCAGCCUCAUAGACCUUUCGAUGAAUAAAAUAUCCCCUUCAGAAGAGCCAAGAGAAGUUGGUUCCUGUUUUAAUGCCAGAACUUCUGUAGACCGGCAUGGGCCCCAGGUCCUAGAGACCUUACAUUAUUUCCGAUAUGAUGAAUAUGCACGGAGCUGUAGGUUCAAAACCAGAGAGUUGCCUACUUUCUUACCUUUGAAUGCAGACUGCCAUGCAUAUGGGCAGACCUUAGACCUAAGUAGAAAUAAUAUAUUUUUUAUCAAGCCCUCUGAUUUUCAGCAUCUCUCAUUCCUCAAAUGCCUCAACUUGUCAGGAAACACCAUUGGCCAAACUCUUAAUGGCAGUGAAUUCCAGCCACUAAGAGAGCUGCGCUACUUAGAUUUCUCCAACAACCGGCUUGAUUUAUUGUAUUCAACAGCCUUUGAAGAGCUCCACAAACUGGAAGUUCUGGAUUUAAGUAGUAACAGCCACUAUUUUCAAGCAGAAGGAAUUACUCACAUGCUAAACUUUACCAAGAAAUUACGGUCUCUGAAGAAACUCAUGAUGAAUGACAAUGACAUCUCCACCUCUGCUAGCAGGACCAUGGAAAGUGACUCUCUUAAAGUGCUGGAAUUCAGAGGCAACCAUUUAGAUGUUUUAUGGCGAGAUGGUGAUAACAGAUACUUGGACUUCUUCAAGAAUUUGUUCAACUUAGAGGUAUUAGAUAUCUCCCGAAAUUCCCUGAGUUCCUUGCCUCAUGGGGUGUUUGAGGGUAUGCCACCAAAUCUAGAGACUCUCUACUUGGCUGAAAAUGGACUCAAAAAUUUCUCUUGGGAUAAACUCGCAUUACUGAAACAUCUGAAAAAUUUAGACCUCAGCCAUAACCAGCUGAAGACUGUCCCUGAGAGAUUAGCCAACUGUUCCAAAAGUCUCAUGAAACUGAUUCUUAAUCAUAAUCAAAUCAGGCACUUGACAAAUUACUUUCUAGAAGAUGCUUUCCAGUUGCGCUAUCUAGACCUCAGUUCAAAUAGGAUCCAGGUCAUUCAGAAGACUAGCUUCCCAGAAAACGUCCUCAACAAUCUAGAUAGGUUGCUUUUACAUCACAAUCGCUUUCUGUGCAACUGUGAUGCUGUCUGGUUUGUCUGGUGGGUUAAUCAUACAGAUGUUGACAUUCCUUACCUGGCCACUGAAGUGACUUGUGUGGGGCCAGGAGCACACAAAGGCCAGAGUGUCGUAUCCCUGGAUCUAUAUACGUGUGAAUUAGAUCUCACUAACCUAAUUCUAUUCUCCAUUUCCUUAUCUUCAGUCCUCUUUCUGAUGGUAGUUAUGACAGCAAGUCACCUCUUCUUCUGGGAUAUGUGGUACAUUUACUAUUUCUGGAAAGCCAAGAUAAAGGGAUACCAACGCCUUCAAUCUAUGGAGUCUUGCUAUGAUGCUUUUAUUGUGUACGACACUAAAAACUCGGCUGUGACAGAAUGGGUUUUACAGGAGCUGGUGGCUAAAUUGGAAGAUCCAAGAGAGAAACAUUUUAAUUUGUGUCUAGAAGAAAGGGAUUGGCUACCAGGGCAGCCAAUUCUAGAAAAUCUUUCCCAGAGCAUACAGCUCAGCAAAAAGACAGUGUUUGUGAUGACACAGAACUAUGCCAAGACAGAGAGGUUUAAGGUGGCGUUUUAUUUGUCCCAUCAGAGGCUCAUGGAGGAAAAAGUGGAUGUGAUUAUCUUGAUAUUCUUGGAGAAGCCUCUGCAGAAGUCUAAGUUUCUUCAGCUCCGGAAGAGGCUCUGUGGGAGUUCCGUCCUGGAGUGGCCUUCAAAUCCACAGGCUCAGCCAUACUUUUGGCAGUGCCUGAAAAAUGCUCUGACCACAGACAAUCACGUGGCUUACAGUCGAAUGUUCAAGGAAACAGUCUAGCUCUUUGCAGAAUGUGAUCAUAUAUGGCAACAGGCCUGGUUGCCUGAAUCUUUCAUAAAGCUUUCAAUAGAAGAAUGUCAGAAAAUUUCCUAACAGCUGCCAUUGCUCAAAUUAGUGGGAAAUCAUCAAUGUAUGACAAAGAAAUUAGGGAGAGGGGAUUGAUAGACCAAUAUUUCUUCUUUCUUUGUGUCACCAUCCAUAUUUCGAUAUCUCCCCCAGCUCAUCUAUAAAAUGUUUUUUGAAGAAGGGUGGCUAGGAGGAAACGUA